UCUGCUGUGAUUGGGUUAGUGCAAAGGCUCCUCCCUCUCCAUCUCCCAGACCGGCCCCUUAUAUCUGGGGCCUGCAGUCUCUCCUCUCCUCACACUCCAACCUGCUCAUCUCUCAGCUGGACAGUAAGGGCCGUUCACACCACACACUGACAACAUGCUGGGGACACUCUGCACUCUCAUCACUGUGCUCUCAUGUGUGAGUGGAGUGACAGUGGUGACACAGAAGCCUCCUGUUCUGACAGUGAGUAAAGGAGAUACGGCCACUAUGGACUGUAACCUGGGGACUGUGACUACUAGUGCUGCUCGCUGGUACAAGCAGGUUCCAGGGGGAAUUCCUCAGUUUGUGCUGCGUUUCUACCACACUUGGAGCUCUCCUGAAUAUGGAGCUGGAUUCUCCUCCACCCGUUUCACAUCCAAUCAUCAGACUAAAUCUGAUUAUAGAUUGAUAAUUAAUAAAUCAGAGGCAGGAGACUCAGCAGUGUAUUACUGUAGCACAUUGGAUGACUCUGCUAAAGAGUGGGUAUUCGGCCAAGGCACUAAACUGAUUGUCACUGACUCUUCUCUUGCUGCGCCUACACUCUCUCUCCUGCCUCCGUCCAGCGAGGAGCUGAAGACAGACAAAGCCACCCUGGUGUGCCUGGCGCAGAUGUCCAUUGGGUUCGCAGAUGUCAGCUGGACAUCGGGGGGGAAAGCCGUUACUGGCGGUGUUUUUACCAGCGCCGCCGAACAGAAAUCGGACAAAAACUUCGGUUUGAGCAGCUUCUUAACCAUCAAGACCUCCGAAUGGAUUAGUGGCCGCGUCUUUGCCUGUAAAGUAUCGGUGGGGUCUAAAACCUCGGAGAAAAUAAUCCAAGAUUCGGAUUGUAGUGAGUAAACUUUGUGCUUUGACGUUUUUGAUCUCGAUUUGUAUCUGCAAGGCUGACGUUAGUCUCGCCAUAUGUUGUGUUGCCUUAAUAAAUGUGAGUGAAUUAUUUUUAAAAUAACGUCAAUACACUUUCGAGAUUAAAUGUACGUUAUUGCAUGCGUUUGUUUGUGUGUGCUUGAAAUGAAAUAAAAUGCAUGUAUUAAAA